AUGUCUUCGGCUAUACAUGCGUUUACCGUGUAUUGGAGAAAUUACUAUUGUGCCACGUUGAUCUCAGAACAAGUUUAUAUGAAUCCGGAAGUGGUCUUAGUACAUCUGGAGGAUCACAGUCUAGAUAUAAAACAAGCGAACCUCAAAGCGCAAGGAGUAGCCGGCAUCAAUCUCGAUGAGAGGCAACCCUUCUGCGUAUAUAUUGGCCGAAGGAUAACGAAGAGCAGUAGAGAUCUGAUCCAAAAGUAUCGCCUUCCGGACAGAGCGUACAUUCACACCACCUCCAUGUCGGCCGAAUUAAGUUUCAUCAGUGCGAAUAUGGCAUGGGCGCGUCCCGGUACGCUAAUGAUGGACCCCUUUGCUGGUACUGGUUCUUUCCUGGUGGCCUGUGCUGAGUUUGGGGCACAAACACUCGGCAGUGAUAUUGAUCCUCGUGUCAUUCGCGGUACCUGCGGCAUAGGAGAGGGGACCGUAGACGACAACUUUCGGCAGUACGGUACAACAGCCAAUUAUUUGGGGCUGAAUAUAAUGGAUUUCAGCAAUCUGCCCUUGCGCAAACAGGAGUGGCUUGACAGCAUCAUAUGCGAUCCACCAUAUGGAUUCCGAGAGGGUGCGAGGAAAGUAAGGAUAGGGAGGCUGAGGUGUGGUGAAGACAACAAGUAUCCGUUAUCGUCCCUACUACUAGACUUAUUAGAGUUUGCCGCACAGCACCUGGUUGUAGGAGGAAGACUGGUGUAUUGGCUACCCAUGAUGCGUGAAGAGUUUUCAGUAGAAAGGAUACCGCUGCACCCCUCAAUGCGACUAGUAGCGCAUGCGUCCGAUAGUAUGAAGUUGGGCGCCGCAAGAUAUCUGAUCACAAUGCACAAAAUCGCUCCAUAUACACCCGGCCAAUUGGAGCCCACAGAAGAGCAGGAGAAAGUGUUCAAUAACUACAGAGAAAAGAUGUUCAAGGAAGGCGAAUGGGCUGAUGAAGACAAACCCGCGCCGAAGCCGAGAAGAAAAGGCGAUGCACGGAAAGAGACGUAGCUAAUAAAAAAAUACUAAGUGAUACAUAGGAAGCAUAAAGCCACACCCG